AUGCAUGAUCAAUGGUAUUUUGCGAGUGAAAAUAUACCUGAUGGUUUAUAUUUAAUUGAAUCUAUUCAUUCAGGUAAAUUCAUUACAUUUACACCUGAACGUUCAACAUUAGUACAGCAAGAUCAAAAUCUACAAAAUGAUGGAGAAACACAAGUAUUUGAAAUUCAACAUAUUGGUUAUCAUGAUUAUGUUAUUCGACAUCAUUUAACUGGUCUUGUUUUAACUGUGCAUAAUGGUUCACCAACACCAUGUGCACCAAUUGUUCUUUGCCGUUCGAUGGGUAUUCGUACACCAUAUCAAACAGUUAAUUUUGAACGAUCAAAUAAUCAAUCCGAUGAUUUUAUUAUAUAUUUAAAACAUACACGUAUGGUUAUUGAUAUUGAUGGUGGAAGUCAAAGUUCAAAUGCUCGUCUUCUUCAAUUUCCUCAAAAGAAAAAUAAUAGUUUUGAACAACUUAAUCAACGUUUUCGUUUACAUCCAGUUGUUGAUCGUACAAGUCAACAAUCACCUAUUAUCAUUCCUGAUGAAUUCUUUCGUUAA